AUGACUACAGAGGAGGCAUCGCAGGCCGAGCUGGAUGAUAACGGCCUGCCAGGACCAGGAGCACCUACGCCUCUGUCUGCCCUCGAGGGCGUUGGAGGCCUAACCGCGCGAGAUAUCAAACUGAUUACCGAUGGAGGUUUUCAUACCGUCGAGGCAGUGGCAUAUACGUAUUUCUCCCUUAUAUCUUUCUCUCUCUUUUCUUCUCAGUCAAAGUGCUACCCGCUUUGGCUGCCUUCAUUGCAGCACCGGCUGACCCUGUUUAGGCCGAAGCGGGUGUUGGAGCAAAUCAAAGGAAUUUCAGAGCAAAAGGCUACAAAGAUACUGACAGAAGGUCAUACUCCUCUCCUUCAACCGGCUAAAAUUGUGCCUAUGGGGUUCACGACUGCGACCGAAAUGCACUCUCGUCGAGCGGAUUUGAUAUGUAUAACUACUGGCUCCAAGCAGCUUGACACCCUUCUUGCCGGCGGCAUUGAGACAGGAUCCAUUACAGAACUCUUUGGCGAAUUCCGAACAGGAAAAAGUCAAAUAUGCCAUACCCUAGCUGUCACUUGUCAACUACCUUUCGACAUGGGUGGUGGUGAGGGCAAGUGUCUCUAUAUCGAUACCGAAGGAACGUUUCGACCCGUGCGUCUGUUGGCUGUAGCACAACGGUAUGGUCUCGUCGGCGAAGAAGUGCUAGACAACGUUGCUUACGCUCGUGCCUACAACUCCGACCACCAGCUUCAAUUGCUCAACCAGGCAUCCCAGAUGAUGUGCGAGACGAGGUUCUCCCUUCUCAUCGUCGAUUCUGCCACCUCGCUCUACCGGACGGAUUUCAGUGGUCGUGGAGAGCUAUCGUCAAGACAGAACCAUCUGGCUCGAUUCAUGCGCACCCUGCAACGGCUUGCCGAUGAAUUCGGAGUCGCUGUUGUAAUUACUAACCAGGUUGUCGCACAGGUCGACGGUGGACCAAGCGCAAUGUUCAAUCCUGACCCCAAGAAGCCUAUCGGCGGUAACAUCAUUGCCCACGCGAGUACCACGCGACUGAGUUUGAAGAAAGGCAGAGGGGAGACCCGAAUUUGCAAGAUCUACGACAGCCCAUGUCUUCCAGAGAGUGACUGUCUCUUUGCCAUUAACGAAGAUGGCAUUGGGGACCCUAGUCCCAAAGAUCUAGAAAAGGAAUCAUGA